GUGGGGUACCGUUAGAGUGACUGUGCGGUCGUAUUAACGAGUUCGUAUAUAAAAAAAAAUUAACGGCAGAGUGAAAGUGAUUAAGAUAAUCAUGUCGAAGGCAACAUAUCUUCGCAUAUUGGGGUACACGAUCACAAUAGCGAUGCACGUCGGCAACAUAGUGUACAUGAACUUUUGUAUGAAACGAGAACUGGCCGAUGAUCCCGAACUGACGACAUUUAGCCAUUUACAGCCUCGAUACUUUACUUGUUGGACAUUCUUUCUACAAAUUUUGUAUGCAGUGGUCGGCCUGACAAGCGAUUUUAAAUUAUUGUCGAAUACCAACAGGGAUUAUAAACCAUCUAAAUAUUUCCAAGGCUUUAAGAACACGCUGUUUAGUGCGAUAUUGUGGCCCUCAACUUGGGUUGUGACCAUUGUAUUUUGGUCAUUAUUCUUAUACGACAGAAAGCUGAUAUUCCCUAGUUUCGCGGAUAAAGUUGUCACUCCCCUUUCGAACCACAUAAUGCAUACCGCUAUCAUUGGCGUUGUGGUCUGGGAAGUGUGCUUCCAGCCCAGGACUGUGCCUGCAUCACACAAGCGAAAUCUUUAUCAUCUUGCCUUUCACUUGCUGUUAUAUUUUUCCAUAUUAACCUACACGUAUGUCGAACGGGGCAUAUGGAUCUAUCCUAUCUUUGGAUUGCUCUACGGAACGAUGUACUUCCCUCUACUGCCCGUGAUAAUAGGAGUACUAGCGGUCGCAUUUUAUUACUUACAAUGGACGCUGACUGAACUCAUAUGGGGCAGAAAAAAGAAAACCAUGAAAAUUAAAUGAUACAUCACGGGGCAUUUAUGUACUAACAAUUAUAAUUUGUUGUAAUUUUUUUU